AUGAAGUCUUUGCAUAUCUUCUCAGCCUUUACUACUUACUGCUGGCUUUUCAUAGAUGGGUUUCCAGUUGAAGACGGUGUACCGACCAUUAUUGGCUCUGAUCAAGUUCGUAUAUUCACUCAUCCAGGGAAGGUUCUGGCGCUUCACUUGAAAGAAUUGUGGAGCUUGAAGAAUCAACAGCAAUGCAGGGAAAAAUCCUUCAAAGAAAUCUACUUUUGA